UCCGAACCCCCCCCAAAAAAACCAUUCGUUUGCCUUCGGAAGAGAUCGUCGAUCAGGGCGGAGACGCAGUAAGAUCGAUGACUUUGUGAUGGACUCCACAACUUAGGAGGACCUCGCCUGAAGACGCAGGUCAAACUUCCUUUUUUUUUUGGUCCCUCUCUUUAAGUUGACAUUCUAGAAGCAUGUGUGCGUCGAGUGCGCGGAGACAAAAGUGCGAAGUUCCGUAAAAAAAAAAAAAAAAAGAAGAAGAAGAAGAGGAGAACCGGUCUUUUAAGGAUGACUUUAGGGACGGACAUGUCCGACAGCUCUGCAUUGUCCGAGGAUGUGGACAUCGACGUGGUCGGCGGGGACGUGUCCGUGGGGAAGGACGGGAAGUACACCCAGUUCGACUCCGAUGAGAGUUACUCGCGGAGCGCCGUGGAGGGAGCGUCGUCGCCGGGGCUCGGCGGCACCGAGUGCCCGGCGGAGCAUAUGGAUGUCACCGGGGAGAAAGCGAGGAAAGGCGCGCUGGUGAAGCCUCCGUACUCCUACAUCGCCCUCAUCACCAUGGCCGUCCUGCAGAGCCCCAAGAAGCGGCUCACGCUCAGCGAGAUAUGCGAGUUCAUCAGCAACAGGUUCCCGUAUUACCGGGAGAAGUUCCCGGCCUGGCAGAACUCCAUCCGGCACAAUUUGUCCCUUAACGACUGCUUCGUGAAAAUCCCGCGGGAGCCCGGGAACCCCGGGAAGGGCAACUAUUGGACCCUCGACCCGGAUUCCGCAGACAUGUUCGACAACGGGAGCUUCCUGCGCCGGAGGAAGCGCUUCAAGAGGACCCAGAGCAGUGAGAUCCUCCGGGACGCUGGAGGCUUCCUCCCCGGGUUUGGAUACAACCCGUACGGGUACAGCUACGGACUCCAGCUGCAGAACUUCCACGCCGCCGUCCACAACCCGUACCACCCCCACCACACCGGUAACUCCUUCCCGUUCCCGUGCACCUUGCCCUCGCCCAUCUUCCCCGCGGCGCCCGCUCCUCCGUUGCCGGACUUGAGGAAGCCCUUUUACCCGCCCGUGCCGCCUCUCAAGGCGGACUCCAGCGCGCCGAGCCGGCCCUCGUUCUCCAUCGAUAACAUCAUCGGAGCGAGCAACUCCACCGGCUCGUCCUACAGCGCGCAGCCGGGCGGCCCUGCGCACAUCCUGGCUAUGAUCGGCCCGGCGCUGCAGGCCUCCGCUUCCAACCACCUGAGCCUGACACAAGACUUACUACCCGGGCCACAUCCGCAGACUUUCCCCAACAAAAACCUCAACACUUGUCCCUUCUAAAAAAAAAACACAAAAAAAAACAAACAUUUUUUAUGACAAUAUGGUGUCUAUGUGAAGGUAGGCUGCAUUAUUGGUUAAAAAAAUAAAUAAAACAUUGGAUUGAACAUAUUUUCAUGACAAUAUGGUGUCUAUUUGAAGGUAGGCUGCAUUAUUGGUAAAAAAAAUAAAUAAAAUAAAAUUGGAUUGAACAUAUUUUUAUGACAAUAUGGUGUCUAUGUGAAGGUAGGCUGCAUUAUUGGUUAAAAAAAUAAAUAAAACAUUGGAUUGAACAUAUUUUCAUGACAAUAUGGUGUCUAUUUGAAGGUAGGCUGCAUUAUUGGUAAAAAAAAUAAAUAAAAUAAAAUUGGAUUGAACAUAUUUUUAUGACAAUAUGGUGUCUAUGUGAAGGUAGGCUGCAUUAUUGGUUAAAAAAAUUAAUAAAACAUUGGAUUGAACAUAUUUUCAUGACAAUAUGGUGUCUAUUUGAAGGUAGGCUGCAUUAUUGGUAAAAAAAAUAAAUAAAAUAAAAUUGGAUUGAACAUAUUUUUAUGACAAUAUGGUGUCUAUUUGAAGGUAGGCUGCAUUAUUGGUAAAAAAAUAAAUAAAAUAAAAUUGGAUUGAACAUAUUUUUUAUGACAAUAUGGUGUCUAUGUGAAGGUAGGCUGCAUUAUUGGUUAAAAAAAUAAAUAAAACAUUGGAUUGAACAUAUUUUCAUGACAAUAUGGUGUCUAUUUGAAGGUAGGCUGCAUUAUUGGUAACAAAAUAAAUAAAAUAAAAUUGGAUUGAACAUAUUUUUAUGACAAUAUGGUGUCUAUGUGAAGGUAGGCUGCAUUAUUGGUUAAAAAAAUAAAUAAAACAUUGGAUUGAACAUAUUUUCAUGACAAUAUGGUGUCUAUUUGAAGGUAGGCUGCAUUAUUGGUAAAAAAAUAAAUAAAAUAAAAUUGGAUUGAACAUAUUUUUAUGACAAUAUGGUGUCUAUGUGAAGGUAGGCUGCAUUAUUGGUAAAAAAAAAAAAAAAAGAAUAAAAAUAAAAUUUGGCUGAACAUAUUUUUUUAUGACAAUAUGUUGUCUAUGUGAAGAUAGGCUGCAUUAUUGGUUAAAAAAUAAAAAUAAAAAAUAAAAAUUGGAUUGAAAAUAUAUUUUUUAAGACAAUAUGGUGUCUAUGUGAAGGUAGGCUGCAUUAUUGUUAAAAAAAAUCGGAUUGAACAUAUUUUUAUGACAAUAUGGUGUCUAUGUAUAGACACCAUAUUAACAAUGGUUAAUAUGGUGCAUUAUUGUUAAAAAAAAUAAAAAUAAAAAAAAAGUCUAGUGUUUUGCCCUCUCUCAGAGAGUUUAUUUAUGCUUUGUAAAUAAGUGCAUUGGGAGCAAUAUUAUGUGUGUAAAAAAAGAAGAAGACGAUAACACCCUGUUUUAAACUAAGUUAAAUGAACGAGGACAUGUUGUGUUUUACUUUACGGAAAACUCAGGGGUUUUCACUUAUAAACAAGUUUGUUUUGAAAAUAUUUAAACUUCUCCACAUCCUGUGCAUUAUUGUGACAGAAAAACAGGCGCAUAUACCUCCAUUCAGAACCUGCAGUUUUACAUGUCAUGUG